CCUUCAUCUUAACUAAUCAACUAUUAUAAGCAAUAAGAAUGUCAGUAAAAUUCAAACGUUCAAAUCUAUUUUUUGCUUGAUUCUGGAGAUAAAAAUGUUAAUCGAAUCAUUUAUGUAUGACGUAAUACAGUUUCAGUGGUAGGGUGGUGUUAUUAAAAGUACGAGUAUCCAAAGGAGUAUUACAUCGUGAUCAUUACAGUACAGUGACAGACUUUUCGGGAUCUACUAUCGUGAAGACGCAUUAUUGCUCCAUCUUUGAUAAGGAAUACGCAGUGGAAGUAGCAACAGGAUUGAGAGUGUCAAGAUCACAAGUCUGAAACAUGGAUACAAUUAAUAAAGAAACGAGUGAAAAUGUGACCGAUGAAGGACUGAAUAAGAUAAUUUCUCUCGAGGAAUUCUACGCCGAUAGUCGGAUCCUUGUAACUGGAGCAACCGGAUUCGUAGGAUUAUGUCUUUUGGAAAAAUUGAUGCGCGUGUGUCCACGCGUCGCUGCUAUUUUUAUACUAAUUCGUUCAAAAAAUAACGAAAUGGUAGAACAACGAUUUAAGAAGCUCAUAGAUGAUCCCAUUUUCGAUGACAUCAAAGCAAAACACCCCUCAGCUUUGAGCAGAGUUUAUCCCAUGAAAGGUGACGUGAGUCUGCCGGAUUUAGGUCUUUCGCGAGAAGAUAGAAAUCUGUUGUUAGAGAAAGUAAACAUAGUGUUUCAUGCCGCGGCCACUGUGAGAUUCAACGAGCCGUUACACGUGGCUGUUAAUGUGAAUACGAAGGGUACUCUUCGUGUCAUCGAGCUUUGGAACGAACUAAAGCAUCCGAUUAGCUUCGUUCACGUCAGCACAGCCUUUAGUAAUGCGAAUCUACAUGAGAUUGAGGAAAAAGUUUAUACGUAAGAAUAAGUUAUACGCAAACGUUGUUCCAUGGUUUACGAAUAUUUGUAAUUAUAACGUGAAGAAUACGUUCACUUAUUACUGACUUUGGAGCACGAGCUUAAAACCUUCAGAGGUGAUCGAUAUGUGUGACAAAUUCGACGAAACGUCGAUCAACCAAAUAGAAAAAAAGAUUUUAAAAACUUAUCCAAACACAUACACAUUCAGUAAGAAUUUAGCAGAGCAAAUUGUAGCAAGCAAGUGCAAAGAUCUGCCAGUUGCGAUAGUACGGCCAAGCGUAAUUGGUGCCUCUUUGGAAGAACCAUGUCCUGGUUGGAUACAGAAUAUUUCUGCAGUUACAGGUACCUUUCUGCUAAUCGGCAAAGGAUUUGCAACAGCGGUACGGGGUAGGAGAGAUACAAACUUGGAUGUGGUGCCUGUCGAUUUCGUCGUCGACAUGAUAAUAUGUACUGCAUGGCAUGUCACGCUGCCAUCAUGAUCAUGAAGUUAAAGUAUACAACUGCACGAGUAACGCAUACCCUUUUAAGUUUGGCCCGAUGAUAGAUGCUAUGGUAAAAUGUAGUAUAGAUACCCCACUGAACGAUACGCUAUGGUAUCCAAGUUGUUCAGUCGUAGCUAAUAGAUAUAUUUACAACGUUCUGAGUGUAAUUCCGCGUGUUUUUUCUGCCUUCGUUAUAGAUAAAUUUUUAAGACUCCGAGGUAGUAAACCAAUAAUGAUGAAACUUCUCAGAAAUAGCAAUAAACUGUUCGCAUCAUUUGCAUUUUUCACCACACACGAAUGGACUUUCCAAAGGGAUAACUGUUCCGACUUGGCGAGGAAGGCGACAAUGUUACACGACAGCGAUAUGGUGAAACUAGAUUUACGGGAUAUGAAUUGGGAGAGGUAUGUUGAAGUUUACCAGAUGGGAAUUAAGAAAUUUAUUCUGAAAGAACAGUUUAAGUCAACAUCCCGACAACGAUUAUCAAGGUUGUACUGGAUACAUCAGAUCACCAAAAUGUCCAGUAUAAUGAUCUUACUACUGAUAAUAUACUGUAUCGUGUACUAACUAUUUGAACGUUAUUUCUUCUGUUUAAACUAGAGGAAUAUAAAUACAAUUUUAUGAAGAAGGGA